GAUAUGAUCAUUCAACUGAUAAAGGAAAUAAUCAAGAAAGACUUACUGACAGCCAAGGGAUUCCUCCUUGAUGGUUAUCCCAGGAAUGUCGAGCAAGGGGAGCGCUUCGAAUCUGACGUGUGCAAGUGCAUGAACCUGAUCUACUUCGAGGUGUCAGACGAUACGAUGAAGGCCCGGCUUCUGAAGCAGGACCAGACGAGCGGCCGCAUGGACGAUAAUGAGGACACCAUCGUCAAGCGUAUCAAGACCUUCCACGACGAGUCAGAGCCCGUGCUUCAGAAGUACAAAUCUAUCGUUCACAAGAUCUCAGCUGAGGACGACCCGGACAAAGUGUUCGCAUCGGUCACGGCUGUCAUGGACAACAUUAUUAAACCUGAAUAG